ACACGAUUUCUUUGCUGCACGUAAUUUACCGUAUGGUGUCAAUCCAUCACCACCGCCACCGCCACCAAAUCGAGAAGCUGCACAAGAUUUCUUUGCUUCUCGUAAUUUACCAUAUGGUGUCAAUCCAACGUCACCACCACCGCCACCAUUACCACAAAAUCGAGAAGCUGCACAAGAUUUCUUUGCUGCACGUAAUCUGCCAUAUGGCGUUAAUCCAGGAAAUUCGGCAGUAUCAAACGCCUGGAAUCGAGCAGAUUAUGCAGCUCAUCAUCCACCACCACCACCACCAAUGCCUAUGAACAAUACUUGGAAUCAAAUGCCACAAGGUCCACCUCAACGUCCAAAUACUUCUUUUCCAUAUCCACCAUUUGGUGUACCAUCACGAGGUCCCAGUUAUGUUCCUCCUCCUUCAUCAUUCGGCACAUUACUUUCUCAAGCACACAGACAACAUUUGCCUUUUGCAGGUGCUGCUUGA